CUAUUGAGAGAUUCCUUCCUUUUUCCACUCUGGAUUGGGCCCUAUAUUAUACUGUAUACAUAACCAAGCCUCAUUGCCUUUCUCUGUUUGUUGUAGAAAGCAAUGAAAAUCAGAUUAAUUCUUCUCCUUCUUGUAUGUUUUUCUUCAAUCUCAUUUGCCAAAAUUACAACAAGAUUCCCUUCUUCCUUUGAUGAUAAUCACCUGCCAUCUGAUUUGGCCUCUAAAGGCAAAGAGCUACUUAGUUAUGAGACACAUUACUACACUCAAAUUCUUGACCACUUCAAUUAUAAUCCACAAAGUUACCAAACAUUUCAACAAAGGUAUUUGUUGAAUGAUAAAUACUGGAGUGGUUCCAAAAAAAAUGCUCCAAUCUUUGUCUAUACUGGCAAUGAAGGAAACAUUGAAUGGUUUACUCAAAAUACUGGAUUCAUGUUUGAAAUUGCUCCCCAUUUUAAUGCCCUCCUAGUCUUCAUUGAGCAUAGGUUUUAUGGGAAGUCAAUACCAUAUGGAGGAAACAAGGAGACAGCAUAUUCAAACAAGAGCACAUUGGGCUAUUUGAGUUCAACACAAGCAUUGGCAGAUUAUGCAACUCUCAUCAUUGAUCUCAAGAAUAACUUGACUGCCACUGACUCCCCUGUUGUUGUUUUUGGAGGUUCCUAUGGUGGAAUGUUGGCAGCAUGGUUUAGGCUAAAAUACCCACAUGUGACUAUUGGAGCCUUGGCUUCUUCUGCACCAAUCCUCAAUUUUGGCAAUAUCACUUCCCCAUACUCCUUCAAUAAUAUCAUUACCCAAGACUUUAAGGGUGAAAGUGAGAAUUGUUACAAGGUAAUUAAAGGAAUAUGGAAACAAAUUGAAGAUACGGCUAAAACAACCGGUGGAUUGGAGAAACUCAGGAAGUCAUUCAGAAUAUGCAAGAAUUAUAUUAGUCAAGGUUCUCUUCAAAAUUGGCUCUCAACAGCUUUUGUCUACACAGCCAUGACUGAUUAUCCAACUCCUUCAAUUUUCCUUAAUCCAUUGCCAGCCUAUCCAGUCAAAGAGAUGUGCAAGGCAAUUGAUGAUCCAAAGACUGGAAAUGACAUGUUUGAGAAAGUUUAUGGUGCUGCCAACAUAUAUUAUAACUACACUGGAAAUGCCACUUGCUUCAAUCUGAACGAUCAUUCUGAUCCUCAUGGCCUUGGUGGAUGGACUUGGCAGGCAUGCACAGAGAUGGUAAUGCCAACAGAUGGGAACAACAACGAGAGCAUAUUUCCAGUGUCUGAAUGGGAUUACAAUGAAAGGGCCAGAUUUUGCCAAUCAAAUUUUGGCAUUAAGCCCAGACCUGAUUGGGUUACUACAGAAUUUGGGGGCAAUAAUAUUGAAAGGGUUUUAAAGAAGUUUGGAAGCAACAUCAUCUUCUUUAAUGGGCUAAAAGAUCCAUGGAGUGGUGGAGGGGUGCUUAAGGAUAUAUCGAAGAGCAUAGUUGCAAUCAUCGCAAAAGAAGGUGCACAUCAUGUGGACCUUAGAUGGUCAAGCAAAGAAGAUCCAGAAUGGCUUCGACAAGUGAGGGGUAGAGAAGUCAAUAUCAUAUCCAAUUGGCUCUCUCAAUACUAUCAAUCUUUAAUUGAUCACAUUUACUAAUAAUGUUUCCCAAAAAGGAAUACGCUAGGCACAAAAGAAAGAACAAAUUAAUGAAGUGAUUCUACUUGCAUGAUUUUUAAAAUGUUCAAUACAUACAUAUCAUACGUACCUUUUUUUUUUUGUUUUACCAUUCGGUCUGUCAAGUAUGUCCGAGGCUAAUAUCUUCAAGAAGUGUAAAAUAUCUGCAUUGCAAAAUUGAAGUUCAUUUAACUUCUUGUAACCAAUAUGGGCCGAUACUACCAAAUUGGGCCGCAUAAAGUUGUGUAUGGGACAGAUUGGAUAUGGGCCAAUACCAGGAACAAUUCCGCCA